AGGAGGAAAGAAUUGAACAGGGGUAAGUGGUGGAGAAACUUCGGCUGCUUUGUUUUGCUGACUGACAGCUUCCCCCUCUGUCCGUGUGGUGGCAAAAGGAGAUGCUCCAAAUCCCUCCCUCAAUGGAGGGAAGCUGGAGCUGAGCCCUCCCAGGUCUUUUGCCAGAUCUUGGCUGUCUCCUCAAGGUGUGGCUCUGUGGGAGAAGGGAGGUGGGACACAGCAGCUGGUCAGGGGACAUUUGAAAGUGCAGCAGGAGCUGACAUCUUGUAAGUUGACUCUGGAGGCUGCUGUGGCCAUGGUGAGCAUGACCAGCUGUGUUUGCAGGGCAGGGUGUCAUGGAAGCCAUCCAGCUUCCAGCAGUGGCAUUUGCCACGUCCCCCUUCCAUGGGGGAACAAAUGGUGUGCUGCAACAGAGAAACACCUAAAUGAUGCCCAUAGCACCAAAGGCUCCCUAAGGGAUGCAAGCCAACCUCCUAACUUGGUGGAAUCAUCAGAGAUGAAUGUCAGCUGGAGAAGGAGGUGGAUCAGAAGAGUUCAGCUUCAGGUCACCUUCUACGAAGACAAGAACUUCCUGGGCCGCAGCUAUGAGUGCGACAGCGACUGCCCUGACUUCCACACCUACCUGAGCCGCUGCAACUCCAUCCGCGUGGACGGGGGCACCUGGGUGGCCUACGAGAGGCCCAACUUCUCUGGCAACAUGUAUGUGCUGACCCGGGGGGACUACCCUGACUACCACCACUGGAUGGGCCUCAACGACCGCCUCGGCUCCUGCAAAGCCGUCCAGAUACCAAGUGGAGGCCGGGGCCACAUCCAGGUCUUUGAGAAAGGAGAUUUCGGCGGGCAGAUGUUCGAGGCCACCGAAGACUGCCCUUCCGUCAUGGAGGAGUGGCACAUGCGGGAGGUGCACGCCUGCAGAGUGCUGGAGGGCGUCUGGGUGUUCUACGAGCACCCCAACUACCGGGGCAGGCAGUACCUGCUGCCCAAGGGCGAGUACCGCAAGCCCGUGGAGUGGGGAGCAGCCAGCCCCGCGGUCCAGUCCUUCCGCAGCAUCGCUGAGUGAGGCGCCCCCUGGCCGGGCUGCUGCAGGCCACCAAUAAAGCAACCGAGUCACUCAGCUCAGCCUGUCCUGCUUCUUCCUGUCCUGGCCUGCGGGGAGAUUGCACAGAGCUGAGCCUGCUCUAAGAGAAACACCUUC